AUGUCUUUUUACAAUGCAAAAGAGUCCUUUUUCAUGGAAGCUCUGGCUUCAACCAUCCGCCCAAUUGUCGAGAUUGUCCCACUGACCGACACUGAUGUGUUUCAAUAUCUCGAUGCACAUCCAAAAGUCCUUCAAAAGUACUUUGAAGAGCGUCAAGGACUCUUGAAGUCGUUCAACAAGCCCGCCACUGGUGAUCAAUGUGUGCUCUGUGGAUUCGGGGCACCAUGCAAGCAGCAAUUGUCCUUCUCGAAGACUGUUGUCAUUGCGGAGUCAGCGACUGUCGAUGAAGAGAUCAAUGCAGACGAAGGAAGCUUCUCAGAGCACGGGCUGGACCCAGCUCUGUGGGAGGUCCCAGAUUUCAGCACCAUCUGGACUCCGACAUUUGAUCUCUUCCCUGACUCCUUUCCCUCCCCACCUGUCUCUCCCUGGGCCGUCCCCGCCUCCCCUUCAACUGCAGCAGCGACGGCCACCGAUUCUCUCCCAGCCAAACCUACCAAGACCAUCUCGAAAGUCUUCACCCUGCCUUCACGUCCAGCAACCAACUCUGUUCCAUCUACAGGCAGCAACACCAUUCCUGCAAGUCGCAAGACUCCAUCUGCAAGUGAGAAGACUUUUCCUGUCAGUGGCAAGGCUCUCUCUAUAGCUGGCACGACCCGUCCUAAGACUGGCAAGACACUUCCUCCUACCACAUCUUCUUCUUUGCCUCAGUCACACUCAACGACAGCCAAUGGCCCUAAGAAGCAAAGCAGGAAGUGGUCUCCCGAAGAGGAAUCGUCCUGCAUCGAACAUAUGAGCGCAGUUGUGAAAGAAGGCAUCAUUACGGGCGAAGCACGUUUUCGGGAGGCAGGAAGACGAAUGAAAGAGAUCGAUGGUUUCGAGAGAACAAAGUCAACCGCGAUCAAGAACUUUUGGAACCGCGUUGGUCGUGCGCGUUCUGGAAUUGAUGAGCGGAAGAACAGAAAUGCACCUUUGGCAACGUCGCAGCAAGGCAAAUCAGCCAAAUUAUCAGUGCCCAAACCAUCGCAGAGUCAACGAAAGACUCCCACUAUGCACAGAAGCCGUUCUUCAAAGCAGGAAUCAGACUCGGAUUCAGAUUCGUAUGAUGAACAAGAUCUCGUCUCACCUGAUACCACAGUCAGCCCUCCAACAACUCCUGGCAAACGUACUAGAAGAUCUAUCCUUGAUAGCGACUCUGAAUCUGACUGGGAAUCACAACUUGAACAGCAACAAGAACAAGCCCUUUGGGAGCCGGAUGAUGAUAUUCUGAAUGCAAUUGCCAAGGGCGUGAGGCCACGAAAGCAGGCUCGAACUGGAUAUUAG